CAUGGUCACACUAAUCGACGUCAAAAAAUAAACGGGAGUCGCAUUGCAAUCGCAUGCAAUUUGUUUUGUUAUUAAUUUUCCAAAUUAUCUCGGGCUUGGUGCUGCUGCCAAUUGUGAUCCACUACGUCUAUUACAUAAUAAAUGCGAUUGCCGGCGACUUGUGCGAGCAAAAGAGAGCGCAACGAGAGCAGCAGCUGCAAAAGAGCCCCUGUCCAGUCGAAGAGCGCCACCCCCGCCCCCCGCCGCCGCCACCUUCACUUGUCAUAAACAAUUUGACAAAUAAUUCCUGCCGUUUUGCGCCUCUUCCUCUUCCGCUAACAACAACAGCAACAACAAUGCAAACAAACGAUGACGCCAAGUUUAUUAAAAAGAGGUGGAAAGGCGGAUCCAUCGAACCGCAUCCCACGGAUAAGGCGCUGAUUGUCAACUACCAACUGGAGGCCACCGUCUUCGGGGAGCCCAACAACCCGAUGAUCGAGGAGAAAAAGAACUGUCAGAAAAUCAUUAGACUCCGCUCGCUGAACUCCAAAACGGAUCCAGCGGCCCUGGCCCGCGAAGUGGUGGAAAAAUGCGAUCUCAUCCACAAGUCCCAGCUGAAUGACGUUGAGCAGAUAAUCUUCUACCUAAAGAAUCGCAAGGAUAAUACCAGCAAUGGUAAGAAAUCGGAUAUUCCGGACAACAACACUCACAGCCGGCGAUCGGCGGCACUCCAUACCGCGCACACACGCUCCUCCGCCCGAUCGCACAGCAGUGUGGCGGCCAUGACUAGCAGCACAGGGAGCGGAUCAGGAUCCACAGGAGCCACCAAUGGUGUAUCCAAUGCUUUGAGUGCCGCCACGCCCACAGCGGAUGUGUCCAUCAACAAUAUCGAUGAGUAUGUGGAGUUGCUGUACGAGGAGCUGGGCGAACGCAUCCGGGGCUCGGCCAUGAUCCUACAGAUGGCGCGAAAUCCCGAUAAUCUUGAGGAGCUGGAAAAGAAUGAAGCCUGCCUCAGCGCCUUGUCGAGGGUUUUGCGCGAGGACUGGCGCAAAUCCCUGGAUCUCUCCACCAACAUAAUCUACAUAUUCUUCUGCUUCUCCACAUACACCAAGUUCCAUCCCCUAAUUGUGCAAUAUAAGAUUGGAUCGCUUUGCAUGGAUGUGAUUGACUACGAACUGCGUCGCUAUGAGACGAUGCGAAAUGAGCUGGACGUGCGCAAGCAGCCCAAUGGAUCCUCCACUCCGCACUCGGCGAAGGCCAGCAAGGAGAAACUGAACCGCAGCACCGACGACUUCCUGGACAUUAUGAAUGAGGAGAAGCCCAAGGAGAUGGAGCCCCCGCGUCGUCGCAUUCCGGAGCUAAAACAGCGGCCCAAGUCGGGCAAUUGGAGCAGCUUUCAUGGCUCCAUGUCGUCGUCGCUGAUCAAGAGCCAGAUCCUGAACAGCAGCUACCAUGAGGCACUCUGCGCGGGCGGCUCACCUGCCGGCGAUCCUCCAGCUGUGCCCGCUGAACUCAAGGCCCAGAGCAACGAGUCUCUGGACAGGAAUGAUCCCAAGGUCAAGAAGGAGGAGAUCGAUCGGCUAAACAAGCAGCUAAAGAUCUUUGCCAAGAAGCAGGAGCAACUGCUACGCGUGGCCUUCUAUCUGCUACUGAACAUGGCAGAGAAUGUGAAGCUGGAGGAGAAGAUGCGGCGCAAGCACAUUGUUAAGAUGCUGGUGAAGGCGUUGGAUCGCCAGAAUAUCGAUCUCCUGAUGCUCGUCAGCACGUUCCUCAAGAAGCUAUCGAUUGUCGGUGACAACAAGGACGAGAUGGGCGCGCUCAACAUUGUGGCCAAGCUGCCACGAUUGUUCCAGAGCACGCACACAGAUCUGGUGCAGGUCACCUUGAAGCUGGUCUUCAAUCUCUCCUUCGACGGUGGACUGCGUCGCAAGAUGAUUGCCGCCGGCUUUUUGCCCAUGCUGGUGAUGUUCAUCAACGAUGAGAAGCAUCACGGCAUUGCUGUGAAGAUACUCUAUCACAUGAGCUUGGAUGACAAAGUCAAGGGCAUGUUUACGCAAACGGAGUGCGUGCAAAUGGCCACGGAUGCCAUUAUCCUAAACCUUAAUGUUAAAGUCGAUCUGGAUCUCAUUGCCUUGUGCAUUAAUCUAUCGCUUAAUCGCCGAAAUGCCCAGAUUAUGGUGGAGGGCCAACGAUUGCAUAGCCUGAUGGAUCGGGCCUUCAAGUACCAGGAUGCCUUGUUGAUGAAGCUGCUGAGGAAUCUCUCGCAGCACGAAUCCCUGCAGCUGCAAUUCAUCGACUAUGUGGGCGAUUUGGCGCGCAUUCUGACCAUCUGCGAUGACGAGGCAUUUAUAGUGGAGUGCCUGGGCAUUUUGGGUAACCUGGCCCUGACCGAUUUGGAUUACUCGCAGAUCUUGCAGAACUUCCAGCUGAUACCAUGGAUCCGCCAGCUGCUGGUGCCCUGCUCCCGCAUGGACGAUCUUGUGCUGGACACCAUCGUUUACCUGGGCACCUGUGCCUGCGACGAGUUGUGUGCUCUGCUGUUUUGUCGCGCCAAAGUGGUUAUAUCGCUGAUUGAACUGCUGAAGGCCAAGCAGGAGGAUGACGAGAUUGUGCUGCAGAUCAUCUUUGUGUUCCAGCAGAUACUGCGGCACGAGAGCACCAGGGAGUACAUGAUCAAAGAGACGGAAUCGCCGGCCUAUCUAAUCGAUCUGAUGCAUGACAAGAACGAGGAGAUUCGCAAGGUGUGCGACUAUUGCUUGGACAUUAUUGCCAUAAGUGACAGCGAGUGGGCCAAGCGCAUCAAGCUGGAGAAGUUCCGCAACCACAACUCACAGUGGCUGUGCAUGGUGGAGUCGCAGCAGGAUCAGGACAAUGAGCAGGACUACGCCGACCAGGAGGACGAGUGCGACAACGACCUGGACACGUAUCUGCGCUCCGAGUACUUGGACAAUUGCGAUCUCUAUAACGACAAUGCCGACAAUGAGAGUAACAGCAACAGCAAUCACAGCAACAACAAUCCGGCCAGCCCGGCCAUGUCCACCUACAGCAGGCCACUUAGCACCUAUCGCCGCAGUCAGGAUCUCGAUGAUCUGUACAACAUGACCUCCAGUUCGAAGUCGCAGGGCUCCAGCGACAAUAACUUCAUGUUCAAAUCGAACAAAUCCCUGGAUGCCGAUGGCCUGCACGAGGAGCUGCUGAUGGCCUAGAGCUGUAGACCCCGAAAACCGAUCAAAUUUUUAACCUAAGAAGCUUCUGCCGAUGGCCCCCUGUGUACAUGUUUAGUCACUACCUAUUAAUGAUCUUCUGCUACGAUUUAUAGGAUACAUAUAUUAUAUAUAUAUAUGAUACUUUCACGCUUGUUAGUCAAAGACGUUAAAUGAUUUUAGCGACGCGGCAACUUUGUACUCAAGACAUUCAAACCGAGCAACGGCGCACACAGUUAAAAGUUUAAUUUUAGUCCGGUGACCUUAAUUACUUAUUAACUAUUUUUCGUUAUUUAUUAAUCGCUUAUUUAUUGAGGCCUUGUAUUAGUACGAAUUUUCGCUUAGCUUCCCCUUGGUUGCUCGCAAUGCAAUUACUGUGCAAUAAUCUCUCACUCAAAGUAUUACGUCGAACGUUUUUAGUUGUACUUGUUUUAGUUUAUCGAUCCCUUAAUUUUUGGUUUGUUUAUUGAAUACCUUACGAACGAAAGUCAAAUUGUAAUAUUAAACGACGGGCGAGAAAUGAACAGAAUGAAACCCCGAAGAAUAUAUACAAAGCUAAUGUAAAUGUUUAAAA